AACAGUAAUAAUGACAGUUUUAAGAUUGAAAUGUUUCUUUAUGAUUUUUCGGAAAAACUUAUUUUUUGGAAAUAUGUAGAACUUGUAUAAUAUAAUACUUGUGUAAUACAACCUGUAGCUGUAAUAGAGUACCGAUCUUCAAUAUGCAUUUUAGUUCUUAUCAUUUUUCAGCUGUUCAGCUUGUCUUCCCAAAUUUAUUAUCUGUGUCAUAUCUAUAAUGAAAAUAUCUUAUUCUUGGUGAAGUUCUGAAGUUUGUGAUGAAAUUAUUAUUAACUCACUCGUAAGAAAUCAAAAAGUGGUAUACUAUUCAUCCGAUUAAUCAAAAUUAUAAAUUAUUACAUGAGUAAUAUUAUAUAUUUUAUUACUAAAAUAAAAAAUACAAAAAUAUUGGAAAUAUCGUUUAUAAAUAAUGGAAACGGAUUUUUUUAUUUUUAUGUGUAAAUAGAAAUAUAAAUAAACAUUUUUUGGAUAUCUUUGUUAAUGCUUAAAUAUAUGCCUAUUUUUUUUAUAUUACAAGUAAUAUUCAUAGAAAAUUGAGCUUCUAAAGAUCAAAAUGCAUGAAAUGUACGAAGUAUCAAAACUUUUAAAAUAUUCUGUUCCAAUUGAAAGUAUUACAGCCUAUGAUAACUAUUUAUUAGUUGGUAAUCGCCAGGGACAUAUAUUUUUGUAUACAACUAGUCCUAGAGUUCAACUUGUUGAUUGUAACAAAACUUUCAGUAAACGACCUAUUUUGCAAUUGGGUUCAGUACCAGAGUGUAAAAUUGUUAUAUGUUUAACUGAUGAUAGAGUUAGUGUUCUUGAUAUUUCACGAGAUAAAGUUCUGCUCUUGAAAACUUCAGGAUUACAGAAAACUAAAGGUGCUACUUCUUUCACCCUCGAUGUUAAGACACCAGCUGGAUUACAAGGAAAUGCCACUAAUACUGUUGUUCGAUUAUGUGUUGCUACUAAAAGACAAUUACAAGUGUAUCAUUGGAAAGGAAGAGACUUUUUAGAACAUUCAGAAAAUUUUGAUUUGCCUGAUAUACCACGUACAAUGGUUUGGUGUGACCAAACAGUCAUUAUUGGCUGUAAAAAUGAGUAUUAUUUAUUUGAUGUAACAACAGAAGUAAUAAAACCUUUAUUUUUAACUGGCAAAAAUCAAGAACCAAUCAUAACCAAAAUUUCUGAUACUAUGUUUGCUGUUGUUAAAGAUUCUCAUGUAAUAGUUAUGAGUACAACUGGUAAUGUAGCUGAACAACAUACUAUUAAGUGGACAGAUACACCCUCUAUAAUUUUGUACGAUGAGCCUUAUUUAAUUGUAUGUAUGGGAGAAAAAUUAUGUAUCCACACUAUUGAACCAAGUGAAGGUUCAGAUGUACGUCAAAUUAUAUCUACUUUGUCAAAAACAUUAAACAUGUAUACCUGUCAAAGCGGUUUAAUUUAUGUAUCAUCUGCUUUAGAUGUAUGGUGUUUAAAAGCUGUUCCAUUUGUUAAACAAAUAAAAUGGCUUCUUGAGGAUAAAAAUUUUCAACUUGCUUUAAAAUUAGCUAAUAUAUCUGAUGAAUCUGUUGAGGAUAAAGAAAAAAAUGUUACUCAAAUUAGAACAUUAUAUGCCAAUGAUUUAUUUGAAAAAAAAAAAUAUCAAGAAUCUAUGAGAGAAUUUUUGAAACUAAAUACUGAUCCUUAUGAUGUAAUACGAUUAUUUCCUAAUCUUUUACCUCAAAAUGAUUCAGAAUUAGAAGGAGAAAUACUUGAAAAAGAAACUGAAACUAAAAUUGUUGCUUUAAUUGAAUAUUUAACUGAAGUACGUUAUAAACUCUUGAAAGAACCUGUUGUCAACAUACAAUUUGGUAUGAAUGAAUCAAGCAGUAGCCAUCAAGAACAAUUACUUCAAAUUAUUGAUACCACAUUGCUUAAAUGUUAUUUACAUACUAAUGAUGCCCUUAUAGCUCCUCUUUUAAGAUUAAAUCAUUGUCAUUUAUUAGAAACUGAAGCAACAUUAAAGAAAUAUAAAAAGUAUAGUGAACUAAUAAUAUUAUAUCAAACAAAAGGACUUCAUAGUAAAGCAUUAGAGCUUUUACAGAAACAAUCUGAAAAUUCAGACUCGAACCUUAAAGGUCCUCAACGAACCAUUCAAUAUCUUCAAAAUAUUGGCUCAACUAAUAUAGAUAUUAUACUUCAAUUUUCGGAUUGGGUUUUAACUAAGUAUCCAGAAGAAGGCUUAAGUAUUUUUACUGAAGAUAUAGCUGAAGUUGAACACUUACCUAGACCCAAAGUGUUAGAUUUUUUAAUAAGAAAUCAUAAAAAUUUAAUAAUACCUUACUUAGAGCAUGUGAUUCAUGUUUGGGAUGACACAAAUGCUAUUUGUCACAAUGCUUUAAUUCAUCAAUAUAGAGAAAAACUUCAACAAUACAACAGUAUGGUGACACAAGUUGAUGAACAAACUGCCCAAAGUACAAAAAUUAAACUUAUGGACUUCUUAGAACAAUCAAAAUAUUACACACCAGAAACAGUUUUAGUUCAUUUUCCACUAGAUGGAUUUUUUGAAGAAAGGGCAAUAGUUUUAGGAAAACUUGGUCGACAUGAGCAAGUGUUAUCGAUGUAUGUUACAGUAUUGCAUGAUACUGAUAGAGCUAUUGAAUAUUGUGAUAAAGUUCAUAAAUUAAAAAAAGAAGAUUCUGAAAAAAUAUAUGUCACAUUGCUGAAAUUACUAAUAGAUCCACCAGAUAGUUGGCUUGCAGGACUUGGUGGUGUGACUAAAUCUGCUCCAGAUUUAGAAAAAGUGAUAGAACUUUUGAAUAAAAAUGCAGCUCAAAUAGCAACACCCGAUGUUUUGAAAGUAUUACCUGAUGAAAUACCACUUUAUAGGAUAAGAAAUUUUUUUAAAAUUUCUUUAAAUAAAAUCAUAAGUGAUAGACGAUUAUACCAAAUAAAUAGAGGAUUACUCUAUGCAAAACUUUUGAAGGUUCAACAACAAAGAAUAUUUUAUGAAUCUCAAAAUAUUACCUUAACAGAAUUCAAUAUCUGUAAAGUAUGUAAAAAACGUUUUGGAAAUCAAAGUGCAUUUGUGAGAUGUCCAAAUGGAGAAAUAGUUCACUAUUCAUGCCAUAAUCACAAAGUUGAUCAAUAAAAAAAAAUUUACACAGUCAAAUGUUUUAUAUAAUUUAUAUACUAUAUUGAUAUAUCUGAUCCAGAACCUUCAUGAUCAGAAUCCAUGAAUGUGUCUUCUUCAUGACCUGCAUUGAAUGGUGUUGAUUCAUUUUCAGCAUUGUUAAUACCACUAAAUGUCGCAUCCAACAAUGACCCAUUUAAAACAGGCCCUACAGAAUCUGCAGAUGCUGCUGUUGAAGUAUUGCAUGGCUUUCCCAUAUUUUCCAAACUUUCCAUAACUCUUUUAUUGUUAGGAUCAAGACUAUAAGAACAUUAAAAUUAAAAUUAUAUAUUAUUUUUGUGAAUAUAUUAUAUUAGUUAAAUUAUUAUUAAUUUAAGUUUAAUUAUAUUUUUAAUGUAAUGAAGUUUAUAUUUU